AUGGAGGAAAUUGGUUUUCCAAGAAGAUUUAUUCUCUGGAUACUGGAAUGCAUUAGUACUGUCAAUUAUACUAUUCUGAUCAAAGGUGAAACGACACAACCUUUUGAUGCUGCUAAAGGGUUGAGGCAGGGGGACCCUAUAUCCCCUUUUCUCUUGGCUAUAUCCAUGGAAUACCUUAGUAGGAGUCUAGUUGGGCUGAAGGCUGAUCCUGAAUUCAACUUCCAUCCAAAGUGUGAAAAAUUGGGAAUUACACACAUCAGCUUUGCUGAUGAUCUCCUGCUCUUCACAAGGGGCGACUUGUCUUCUAUUAAGGCUCUAUAUAGAUAUUUCCAGGAGUUCUCAGGAGCAUCAGGAUUACAGGAAAAUCUAGGAAAGAGUGCAGUAUAUUUUGGUGGAGUUUGUCAAGCCUCACAACACUCUAUUCUACAUCAUCUCGGAGUUGGGCUUGGAGAACUGCCUUUCAAGUAUCUGGGCAUUCCUUUAUCAACUAAGGUUUCUAUACUGCAAUGGAAGCCUCUGAUUGAUAAAAUUACUGCUAGAGUGUCCUCUUGGACUGCAGAAAAACUCUCUUAUGCUGGAAGAGUACAAUUAGUUCAAACUGUCCUUUUUGGUGUUCAAGCCUAUUGGGCACAAUUGUUUAUUAUCCUUGCUAAAGUUCUCAAAUCGAUUGAAGGUUAUUGUAUGAGUUUUAUAUGGUCUGGUACCAAUGAAAUUACAAAGAAGUUUCUUGUGGCUUGGCCUAGAGUCUGUUUGCCCAAAGCUUCUGGUGGGCUGAAAUUAAUCAAUCUGCAGUUUGGAAUAAAGCUGCAAUAG